AUAAAGGAGGCGACUGAAGUGGUCUCGCACAUGAUAAAAACUGCGCCGGUGGGCGUUGCUCGGGUCUGAGGUGCAGGCGAACCUCCGCAGUGCGCAGCUCAGGGCAGGACGGGUGACUGGGUACGCGGCGCAGAGCAGCUCGCAGGCGCCUCGCUAUACCGCUCUGAGUUCUGACGAGCACGAUCGACCGGUAGUCAGCACAAGCACAGUAGGCAGUCCUCAUAUAAGAAGAUGGUCCGAGUGGAGAGGAUCAGCAGCGCCCGGAUGUGCGGCGAGGGCCCGCACUGGGACGACGCCACCCAGACCCUGCUCAGCGUCGACAUCCCCGGCCAGAACGUCUACAAGUGGGACGAGCGGACCCGCACAGACACCAAAAUACAUGUCGACCUCAAGGACGACCCGUCCAACCCGCACGCGUGCCAGACGUCGCUGGUGGUGCCGCUGGCGGGCCGGCCCGACACCUACGUCAUCAGCACGGGACGCGCGCUCUCGGUGCUCCGCUGGGCCGGCGACCAGCACUUCUCCGUCACCGACUUCACAGAGGUGGAGGCCGACAGACCCAAGAACCGCUUCAACGACGGCAAAUGCGACCCCAGCGGCAACCUCUGGGCCGGCACGAUGGGGUUCCAGUCGGGCGAGCCGGGCUCGAUGCCGCCCGGUCAGGGCGCGCUGUACCACAUCUCGGCGCGCGGCGCGCCCACCGCCCUCGUCAACAACGUCACCUGCUCCAACGGGCUGGCGUUCAUCGCCGCCGGCGACCGGCUCUUCUACAUCGACACCUUCGCCUACACAGUGGACGUGCUGGACUGCGACCUGAGCGCGCCACGAGUCGAUAACCGCCGGACCAUCUACGACGUGAAGAAGAGAGGAGCCCAGGGGUUCCCCGACGGAAUGACCAUCGAUACGUCCGGCAAACUGUGGGUAGCGCUGUACUUCGGCAGCAAGGUGGUGUGUAUCGACCCGGAGCGCGGUCAGGUGGUGGAGGAGCUGCACCUGCCCGUCAGCAACCCGACCAGCUGCACCUGGGGCGGGCCGCACCACGACGCGCUCUACGUCACCUCGGCGCUGCACGGCCUCUCGGCCUGGCAGCAGGACGUCCAGCCGGAGGCCGGCUGCACGUUCCGCGUCACGGGUCUGGGCGCGCGCGGCGCACCCAACGUGGCCUGGAAGGCCGAGCUGCCCUGUCUGGACCAGUGACGGACAGCGGCGGGUAUGGAGCAGUGCGUGCCGCCUGCCGUCACCGGAGCAGUGCUGCCCAGCGGCGGCGUCCGCGCCGGUCUGCCGCGACUGGGCCGCCUGUUGUAUACGAUAGCCUGUGGAACACACCGAUCAUGUCUAGCUCUCGGUCCGUGGUGAUACCCCAGCUGAGUCAGCUGGUGGCUUGUCCUGUCCGGAACGCUCCAUUCGCUAGUAGCGCUGACAGUGAGAGACCAACGACUGCGAAGCACGCGUAGGUUAUUUUUGUCUCGAGCUUACAGUUAGCCGAUCAAAGCUGCCUUUGUAGCGAAGUGCAGCAAUUCACAUUGCUAAUAUUUAGCAGAUUGGAAGUCACGCCGCGUGUACAGGCGUGAAGCGAGGCCGCGAUCAAGCCAAGAUACGGCUGAGGUGUAUGUGAACGUAUACCAACACGCAGUGCGAAAUAAAGCAUCGAUCGGGAA